AAAAAAAACACGGAAAAACCAGAGGGAAUCCUGCCAUGUGACCUUUUUACCUGCGCAUCCAUCUUCUGCGCCUCCCUAGGGGAUGCUGUAGAUGGCCUUGCAGGCGGUUUGCCUGUAGGAAGGGCCGUCCUCUGGGCACUGCGGGGGCAGGAAGAAGGGGGCGUCCGCCGCUCCCCGCCGCCGGGCAUGGCGCCGCUGGUGCUGUACCACUGGACGCAGUCCUUCUCCUCGCAGAAGGUGCGCCUGGCGAUAGCCGAAAAAGCCCUGAAGUGCGAAGAGCACGAUGUAAACCUGCCGCUGAGCGAGCACAACGAACCGUGGUUCAUGCGCUUAAAUUCCUCUGGAGAAGUGCCCGUCCUGAUCCACGGGGAAAACAUCAUUUGUGAGGCAACGCAGAUUAUCGACUACCUUGAAGCAACGUUUGUAGACGAGGAAGUACCAAGAUUAAUGCCAGAAGAAGGGAGCAUGUAUUAUCCAAGGGUACAACACUAUAGAGAGCUUUUAGACUCCUUGCCUAUGGAUGCCUACACGCACGGCUGCAUCCUGCACCCUGAGUUAACAGUGGACUCCAUGAUUCCAGCCUAUGCUACCAGCAGAAUUCGUAGUCAAAUAAGUAACACAGAAUCAGAGUUGAAGAAACUUGCGGAAGAAAAUCCAGACCUUCAAGAUGCCUAUAUAGCAAAACAGAAGCGCCUUAAAUCUAAACUGCUGGAUCAUGAUAAUAUAAAAUACCUAAAGAAAAUACUGGAUGAACUGGAAAAAGUUUUGGAUCAGGUUGAGACUGAAUUGCAGCGGCGAAAUGAGGAAACGCCGGAAGAUGAAAAUCAGCCUUGGCUCUGUGGUGAUUUCUUCAGUCUGGCAGAUGUAUCACUUGCUGUCACAUUACAUCGCUUGAAGUUUCUGGGAUUAGCAAGAAGAAACUGGGGAAACGGAAAGCGGCCCAACUUGGAAGCCUAUUAUGAGCGUGUUCUGAAGAGAAAAGCAUUUUACAAAGUUUUAGGACAUGUCAACAAUAUAUUAAUCUCUGCUGUUCUGCCAACAGCAUUCCGUGUGGCCAAGAAAAGGGCUCCCAGGGUUCUCGGCACCACCCUGCUGGUCAGCAUGCUGGCGGGAAUGGGUUAUCUUGUUUUCACAUGUCUUCGGAAGAGGUUUGCCAACGUGAUGUUAUCAAUUAGAACCAGGCAAAAUUAUUUUUAGACCCGUCCGUCCCUGGUGAUGAGUGGAGGGCAUCUCUACCCCCCAGGAAAAUAUCCCCAAUAAAAUAUAAACGUAGAAGAAAGGUUAUAUCUGUGAAUUAGAACAUAGUCACACAGUAAUCGUCUCCUGCUGUUGUAUAAUUGGAUUGGCAAUGCUGAAAUAUCUGUGGUAAGUAUAUGUUGGAGGGACAAUAGAGGAAAGAAGAGACUUUUUUUUUUUAUGUUGAGGACCUAUAAAGGAUGUGACAGUGCUUUGUUAAAGUGGUUAUUGUCUCCUUUACCCAGUAGCUGACCUAAUUAAAAUGCUUUUAUUUAAUAGAUACGCAGCAAUGUGACAGCUUUUCACUGUGGGUGAAAUGCAUUACUGUGCAGAAACCAGCAUUGUUGAAAUACUGAAAAUAGCACUUUAAAUUCUCAGAGUGGGAUUGAAGUGGAACAUAGGCUCUGUGCCUGUUGUGUACAGGAGUGUCUCUGUGCUGAUUAAUGUCUACUGAUUUGCAGUUGGAUCUUUAGGAAUGUGUUAAAAAGUAGUCUUGUGGAGCCACUAUUGUCACUGUAUGUUCAUGCAGCAGUACAGGAAGAGACCUGAAACAUGUAUGAACAUCAAUGAUUUGUGGGCCGCACGAGUGAGAUUCUCCACAGGCAUCAGUGGUCAACAGAUGCUGGACUUCUGCUGAAAUACAAAGGGGGGUGAAAAAACUGACACUUGUCUUCUGAAAGCCUUUUGGGUAGCCUUUGGCCCAGCCAGGUAUCCAGCUCAACUGUAAGCCCAGGCUGAGUCAAACCAAACUAUCUCAGUGUACAUUUCCUGCUUUCAUUGAGGUGGCUUGAUACAGUUGUCUUCAUAUUAGUGUCACAUGUAACCUUUCUCGUUUCCACUCUGAGCACUAGCUAUCAUUUGCACACUACUUGGCUAUGUUAGCAAUUGCAUGUGCCUCUGAAAUGUUUGCCCACAGCAGCCAACUAGCAAAUGUAUGCACAACAAUGUGUUUUGUGAAAGUGAUUUAAAAUAAUUCACUAUAUUUCAAUCUGGUUAUAUAGCCUAGAUUGAAGGUGAAACUGUAAUUUAGCAAUCUCUUUACUUAUUGGUGGUAAGUGAAAAAUGUAGGCCAGUUUGAAGACAUAUGAUUUGUACUGCAGAUUUUUUGCAGAGCUGCACUUUUGUAGCAUGUAGGAAAGGUGUAGGAAAACACUGUGAUUACUUCCCACUACUCAGCAGAUGCUGAGAGUUUUAUUAGAUUUGAACUGAGCUCCUGUUUCGAUGAGAAAUAAGCAGUUACCUGAAAGCAGACUUUGAAUCACUUUGCAGCAAGAAAGCAAUUGGAAGGGCUGAAAAUUCUCAUGACAGUUUAGUAAGAUUUUUGUAUUCUUGAUGAAUGUCUGAAAGCCUCAGAGUUUUGUUUACAAGUUAUAGAUAACUACACCAAGCAAAACAUAGCUUUAAAUGUUUGCCUAUCAACCUGUGCUAACAGGCCUAAGUACAUUUUAGAUCCAGUGCUGGUGGCUGUGGUCUUUCUGCACAAUUGCUUUUGAGCACCAAGGAGAUCUGCCUUCAAGUUUGCUGGAGAGAACUGAGGCAGUUUCUGUCUGGACAGUCUCACCAUCUAGGAGAUAUCAAAGUGGAUGCAACUGUUGAAUACUGCUUAUAAUUUGUGUUAGUUGUCUAGCAAAAGAAGACCUAAAUCUCAUUGCUCCUUUUCAGAAAUAAGAAACAUCUUACCUAGGAAGCAAUGCUUUUUUUUUUUUUUUUUUAUUUGUCAAAAAUACAGUUUUACUUAAUUCUAUUUCAUGAGCUGGUUCUCAAGAACUAGUUGAAUUAAAUGUGCUCUAUUUAGAAAGACUUUAUUAUCUUUAGAGUACGUUUAAUCCAACAAUACUAUUAAUGUCCUGGCAACUUUAAAUGAGUUUGCAGUUCAUCUGCAUUUACUUGUAACCAAUAAAUUCCACUAAGCUAAUAAACACAGAAUAAGGCCUGCAACUUAAUGCUUCUCUGGCAUGUAUUUCUGUCAGGCCAUCUGUAAAAUAUAAUCUGGUCAAGUCAUGGUAGAAUUCAAUAUAUGAUUUAGCUUUCUUUAGAAUUAGUUUAUAUUUUACUUUUUCCUUCCUCUUUUUUUUCCUUUUUUUUUUUUUUUUUUUUUUAAUGUGUUAAUUCCAGGUAAGACCACUUACAUUCCCAGAGAUGUGUCCGUUUAGUUCACAUUAGUAGCUCAGUGGGCUCUCAUACAGGCUAAUUAUUGAUGAAGCAGUUUUACUUUCCCCCCGACCUUGCUUCAGCCUGUGCUCGUCUAUGCCAGGAGCUGCCUGUACUGUUGGGAAGGACUGAAGUGACCACCAGAUGUCAGUGGUCCUCCAGGGCUGCACUUCGACAUGCUUCCGAGAUGUGCAGGAAAAGUUUUUACAAACUAGUUUUCACAAACAAAAUGUUUGUGAUCUAAGCAUAGUAUGGAUGUGAGCAUCCUCAUCAGACCAGCAGUCUCUCAGGAGCUCUUGAAACAACUGUUUUGGUCUCUGAUACCUAUCAUUUGUGCUUAGGUGUAGUUUCUACACUGGAUAAAUAAGUGGGCAUAGUUGAAAUAAUAUUUCACGUUAAUUGCUGUUUAGUAACAUUCAUUUUAAACUUACCAUCUGCAGAAAUGAAUGGGGAUAAAACUUUUACUGCGGAAAAGUUUGGAUCCCUAUUUUAAUUCAUGUCUAUUAAUUCAACUGUUUGAUAGCCAAUUAUUUUCACUACCCUGAAGUACUCUGUGCAACAUUGAUUUUUGUACAGGUGGCAGCAAAAGGCUUAUUCAUGAUUAAAUUCCUCAAAAUAGGAUGAGAUUUAGAAGCACAUAUGCUGUAUAUGGCUCUUUGUGCAGGAUAGUCUUUGUGUGGUGCUUGUAAAGUUUCUUUUCAGCCUGGCUUAUUUUCUUUGCUCUGGUACCUCUGGACACUAUUUAGAUUGGAAACACAAGCAAUCUUCUGGUUUUCAUUUACUGUUUGCUCUCAUAUCACGCAUCAGGUAUAUUUCAUAUGAUACCUUUGUAUGUGAGGCCUGCACAAUAAACAUUGAUUCUGAGACCAU